AUGAAGAUGUUGUCACCUCAUGAUGGACCUGAUAUCUCGCCAGUUGAAUCCGCUGGUGAGUGGCACAGCCCUACAUUCUGGGUGCUUGUUGUUGGUGCAUCAGCAUUGGUUGCUGUUGUUGUUGGUGUGAUCGCUUGCUGGGUCGCCCGCAGACGAGCGUCACUAGCUCACAAACUUGGUGGUAAGCGUGGUCCGGACAAGGCCCUGGUCUUCCAACCUCCACGCCGUGCGACUGCUGUUCGUUCUCCAGGAUCUGCUACUCAUUAUCUUCGCAAGUCACCCUCACCAACGGCUGCUGCUCCACCAGCUACUUCACCACCUCAGCCGCAGCCACCGGCUACCGUCGUUGUUACGUCAGGCGGCACCAGUCCUCAUACGCCAACUGCCCCUGAACCAGCUCCUCUUAGCAAGGAGCUAGCUGAUGCUAACGCCACUGAGAAACCAAAACCAGCCGAACCAGAGACUAACAAUAGCAGCCUUGGAGACUUGCACUUUAAAUUGAGACAUGACAAUGAGAAGAGCGCUCUCGUGGUGUCUGUGGUGUCCUGCCAAGGUCUUCCAGGUCGUGAGCCAGCUGGGCCCGACCCUUACGUGAAGCUGCAACUUCUGCCGGACAAACAGCACAAAGUUAAGACAAGAGUUGUUCGAAAGACCCGUUGUCCAGUAUACGAUGAAGACUUCACUUUCUACGGCAUCGCUCCACAUGAACUUGCUUCCAUUACCCUGCACUUUGUGGUCCUCAGUUUUGACAGAUAUUCUCGUGAUGAGAUUAUUGGCGAGGUAGUGGCACCGCUGUCAGCUCUUCAACUGCAGUCAGGAGAGGCCAUGGCACUCUGCCGUGAAAUACAACCGAGAAGUUUGAAGAUGCGUUCGGUUGGUCGUGGUGAAGUGCUUGUGUCUCUGUGCUGGCAGCCGGCCGCCGCUCGUCUGACCGUAGUACUGCUGAAGGCUCGCAAUUUGCCAAAGAUGGAUGUCACAGGACUCGCUGAUCCUUAUGUAAAGAUGUAUCUGCUCUACAAUGGUCAACGCAUCGCCAAGAAGAAAACUCAUGUUAAGAAGCGCACUCUGAAUCCCGUCUUCAACGAGUCUUUCGUCUUCGAAGUACCGGCCGCUCCUAACGCCACGCUCGACCACGUGUCUCUGGAACUAUUGGUUCUUGAUUGGGAUAGAGUCACUAAGAACGAGGUGAUCGGACGAUUGGAGCUUGGUUCGGAAGGUGUAGGCAGCGCACGACACCAUUGGCGCGAGGUGCAGGCGGCCCCACGACGACAGAUAGCCGACUGGCACAAACUGAAGGAGUGA